AUGGAUCCCGGAGUCGGGGACGCUCUGGGAGAGGGGCCGCCCGCGCCCCGGCCCCGUCGCCGGCGUUCCCUGCGCCGCCUGCUCAGCCGCUUCCUGCUAGCUCUGGGCAGCCACUCCCGCUCAGGGGACUCGCCACCCCGGUCCCGGCCCCCGACCCAGUCCGGCCCCUACGAUGGCGAUGGAGACGGGGGCUUCGCCUGCGCCCCGGCACCGGCACCGGCCGCUCCCGGGAGCCCAGGGCCGGAUCGUCCUCCGGGACCCCAGCCCCAGCUGUCUGCGGGCGACGGGGCGCGGCCGCCCGGCGCGCAGGGCUUGAAGAACCACGGCAACACCUGUUUCAUGAACGCCGUGGUGCAGUGUCUCAGCAACACGGACCUGCUGGCCGAGUUCCUAGCUCUGGGGCGCUACCGGGCGGCGCCGGGCCGCGCCGAGGUCACCGAGCAGCUGGCGGCGCUGGUGCGCGCGCUCUGGACGCGCGAAUACACGCCCCAACUUUCCGCUGAGUUCAAGAAUGCCGUUUCCAAGUAUGGCUCUCAGUUCCAAGGCAAUUCCCAGCACGAUGCCCUGGAGUUCCUGCUCUGGCUGCUGGACCGUGUCCAUGAGGACUUGGAGGGCUCGGCUCAUGGACUGGCGUCUGAGCAGCUGCCCCCAGACGCCAGCAAGGCCUCGGAGGACCUCCGGCCAUCUGCAGCUCCUCUCCCGCUAGGCCCCAGCUUUGUGCAGAGCCACUUUCAAGCACAGUACAGAUCUUCCUUGACUUGUCCUCACUGCCUGAAGCAAAGCAACACCUUCGAUCCUUUCCUGUGUGUGUCCCUUCCCAUCCCCUUGCGCCAGACGAGAUUCUUGAGUGUCACUUUGGUCUUCCCCUCCAAGAGCCAGCGGUUUCUGCGGGUUGGCCUGGCUGUGCCGAUCCUCAGCACUGUGGCCGCCUUGAGGAAGAUGGUUGCUGAGGAAGGAGGCAUCCCUGCAGAGGAGGUGAUCUUGGUUGAACUGUAUCCCAAUGGAUUCCAGCGGUCAUUCUUUGAUGAAGAGGAUCUGAAUAUCAUUGCGGAGGGUGAUAAUGUGUAUGCUUUCCAAGUCCCUCCCUUACCCGGUCCAGGGACACUCUCAGCUCAUCCGUCUGGUCUGUCAGUGUCACCGCGCUUGGCAGUCCGUGAUAGCCAGCGGUUCUCGAAGCCUCUCCACAGUGAGAGGGUGCUCAUCCUCUUCUGUAACCUGGUAGGGUCAGGGCAGCAGGCAAGCAGGUUUGGGCCACCGUUCCUGAUACGGGAAGACAGAACCAUAUCCUGGGCCCAGCUACAACAGUGUAUUCUCAGCAAAGUUCGGUGCCUCAUGAGGAGUGAAGUCCCUGCACAGGACCUGGGGACUCUGUUCUCCAUCCGGGUUGUGGGGCUCUCCUUGGCCUGCAGCUACUUAUCUCCACAGGACAGCCGGCCCCUCUGUCACUGGGCAGUUGACAGGGCUUUGCACCUCAGGAAGCCAGGAGGCCCUCCUCAUGUCAAGCUGGCCGUGGAGUGGGAUAGCUCUGUCAUGGAGCACCUGUUUGGCAGUCUCCAGGAGGAGCGGGUCCAGGAUGCAGAGAGUGUGUGGCGGCAGCAGCAGGCACACCAGCAGCCCAGCUGUACCCUGGAUGAAUGUUUUCAGUCCUAUACCAAGGAGGAGCAGCUAGCCCAGGACGAUGCAUGGAAGUGCCCCCACUGCCAAGUCCUCCAGCAGGGUGUGGUAAAGCUGAGCCUGUGGACCCUGCCUGACAUCCUGAUCAUCCACCUGAAGCGGUUCUGUCAGGUCGGGGAGAAAAGGAACAAGCUCUCCACGCUGGUGAAGUUCCCACUGUCUGGGCUCAACAUGGCUCCCCAUGUCGCACGAAGGAGCACCAACUCUAAGGCAGGGACUGGAACCUGGUCCUCCUGGAAGCAGCCGAUUUGCCUCCCCACCACCUACCCCAUGGACUUCCUCUACGACUUGUAUGCUGUCUGCAACCACCAUGGCAGUCUGCAAGGUGGGCAUUACACAGCUUUAAGCGUGUCCAUCUUUGAAUUUUGCUCACGCCUUGGGGUUCGGACUCUCGCAGCCUAUUGCCGGAACUCCCUGGACGGCCAGUGGUACAGCUACGACGACAGCACGGUGGAGCCCCUGCGAGAGGCUGAGGUCAACAGCAGAGGGGCUUACAUCCUGUUCUAUCAGAAGCGGAACAGCAUCCCGCCGUGGUCAGCCAGCAGCUCCAUGAGAGGCUCCACCAGCUCCUCCUUGUCUGACCAUUGGCUCAUGAGGCUCGGGAGCUACAACAACAGCACAAGAGGAAGCCUGCUGUCCUGGAGCUCAGCCCCCUGUCCCUCCGUGGCCCGGGUCCCUGACUCUCCUGUCUUCACCAAUGGUGUCUGCCUCCAGGACAAGGGAGGGGUUGAAUCCAAGCCUUUGGUUCGGAGUGUUGGUGGCCGAAGUAUUAGCAUAAAGACACCUCCUGCUUCCCGAUCCAGGCAUGGGCCCUUCAAGACCAUGCCCCUGAGAUGGUCCUUUGGACACAGGGAGAAACGGCCUGGGGCAUCUGUUGAGCUGGUGGAGUACCUCGAGUCCAGACGAAGACCCCGGUCCACCAGCCAGUCCAUUGUGCCGCUGUUGACACGCGCUGCUGGCGGGGAUGAGAAGUCAGCCUCGCCUAGGCCAGAUGGCACCCUUCCUGUUAAGAGUGAAGACAGUGGUCGAGACAUCAGUCAAGGAGCAACCGGGGUGCCCCUUUCCUCGUGCCACCUCAACCACCAUCCAGCCCUGGGAUCCUUAGAUGACGGUCUGAACACAGUCAGGACACGAACGGGAAAUGCAAAUCAGGAUAUCAAACUCCCCAAAAAGUUUGACCUGCCCCUCACUGUGAUGUCCUCAGUGGGGGACGAAAAACAAGCCCGCCGCCCUGAGGGCCAGAAGAUGACAACCUGGAAGGGAAGUGGUCAGGUGGGCAGCCAGAGUAGUCCACCUUCCCCCUCCACUGGGUUGCUCAGAAACUUGAAGGACAACGGCACAGGUACCUUACCCAAGAUGAAGGCUAGGGCUGCUGUGGAGGAAAAAGCCCCUGACAAAGACAAGGGACAGGGGACUUUCACUCUUCUGAAGUCUGUGUUUUGGAAGAAAGAGCACAAGAAGACUGUCAGGGCUGAGAGCUCCCCACCAGCACCCCCAAUCUCCCUGGUGAGUGACAGGCUGAGCCCUGCCAUGAACGAGCAAGCUCGAGGCUCAUCCCCUGCCCUCAGGAUUCGAGAGAGCCCAGCCCGGAGCGUGGGCUACCACAUGGAGAGGGACAUCAGAUCUGCACCCAGUUCUCUUCACCUCCCCCGCAAAGCCAGCAGGCCCCCUAAAGCCAGUACGGCUGGCACUUCACAAAGGACCAUUCCUGGGGAACAGAAUUCUUACGGCACCUUGCAGAGGGUGAAAUACCACACUCUUUCCUUAGGUCGGAAGAAGUCCUUACCCGAGUCCAGCUUCUGACGGAACAUUUCAGUGCUGUGUGAAGCUGGCAUUCCCGGGCUGUGCCCUGGGAAUCUGCAGGAAGCCUGUGUCCAUAGUGGAUUUUCUAGAAUCCAGUUGACUUGUGAUGUCUAAAGGAAAAAAAAAAGUUUGGACUCGUGUCCCAAUAACCCAGUGUCAAAUUGUUUGGGUUCUCAUUGUUGGAUUUUGGUCAGCCUGGCCAGUAGACGGUGCUGCUGAGCUCAAAUUAGCACGACAAGCUAAAACCGGUAUUUGGUUUAUGUAAGUAGAGGGCAAGCAUAGCUGUACUAAAAAGACUUUGUGGUGUCGUGUUGAACACUCACCAGUUGGCUUGCUCCUAACUUUAUGUCCCACUCCCACCUUCCUCCUCCCCCUCCUCCUCCCUCCCUCCUUCCCAUCUUUCCCCCCUUCCUUUACUUUCUUUUUUUUUAAAUAAAGGGCUUGUAAGGAACAUCUUUUCCUUUCAUGCUUCUCUUGGAUAAGUGUCAGAGAUGCCAAGAAAUGGAAAGGAUGAGAAUGGCAGUGGAGGUAAGAGCCUGUGAGAGGCGGGAGAGAGAUGAUUGAUAUUUUAGGAGAGUAUUUAAUAUAUGGCAAGAUAAUUGUAUUCCAGCUUUUCAAGGUAUUUUAAAGAGAUAACUAUUUUGAUACCAGAAUAAAAAGUUUUUUUUUAAAAAAAAAUGUGAGUUUGAGAUCUAUGCACAAUUUGAAUAAAAUUGUGUCUGUGACA